GCAACCUCUACUCCCGCCUCGUCCACCUGGAGGGCGACCACGUUGCCGUACAGAUCCAGGACACGCCGGGCUGCAUCCAGGUGCAGGAAGACUGUAUGCAGGUGCUGGACUCCCUGUCCAGGUGUGUGAAGUGGGCAGAGGGCUUCCUCCUGGUCUACUCCAUCACAGACUACAGCAGCUACCAGUCGGUCCGACCGCUCUACCAGCACAUACGCAAGGUCCACCCUGAUGCCAGGACUCCCAUCAUCGUUGUGGGGAACAAAGCAGACCUCCUCCACGCCAGGCAAGUACAGGCAAAAGAGGGACUACAGCUGGCUAAUGAACUGGGCAGCCUGUUCUUGGAAAUCUCUACAAGUGAUGACUCCCAAGGCGUCUGCGACGUCUUCCAGUAUCUUUGCAAGGAGAUCAGCAAACUACAGCACGCUGGCAGCACGGACAGGAGGAGAUCAUCCAUCAUCCCUCGGCCCAAGUCUCCCAACAUGCAGGAUCUAAAGAGACGUUUCAGACAGGCUUUAUCUUCCAAAGUCAAGUAA